AGGAGGGGGCUGCAGGGCAGAUGAGGAAGGGGAUGCGGGCUGGAUGAGGAGGGGGCUGCGGGGCGGAUGAGGAGGGGGCUGCGGGGCAGAUGAGGAGGGGGCAGCCUUUCCUUCCCAGCCCGAUUUGCUCAGCAAACACGGCCCGGACAGCGCUGGGAUCCGGCAGAGCAGCGGCCGGGCCUCGCUGGGGAGGAGCCCCCCGAACUCAGCACUGCAGCCGGGGCACCGGGGGAGCCUCCGUGGGGAGCUCGGCCAAGGACGAGCCGGCAGCGAACCCACCAGGGUUCUCACGGCCACGACCCCCGCCCGCGCCCCUCCAAGCCCCUCCGGCACCCGCCACGGCCUCACGUCCUCCAAAAGGCGACGGCGGGGCCGGCCCGGCUCCGGGCGUUUCUUGCCGGGCCAAACCCCCGCUUUGGGGGUCUCACGCCCCCCGCCCACCCCUCAGCCACCCCUGCGAUGAGCCGUGGCCGGGCUCAGCCCACCCGGCCAGCUCGGUAGCCCCGGGCAGGGCGGCUUUGGGCCCGGGCCUGCCGGCACAGGCAAAAUGACUUCCCGGUUGGGAAAGCACCGCUGGGCUCUGCGUCACCGGCGGGCUCCGGGCAGGGGGGUCCGCUCCGAGCCCCCCAGCGCCGCGCUCAGCCGCUCGCAGGGCGCCCGCUGGGGUCUCCCGAAGCUCGGAGGGAAGGACAGAGCGUGGGGACAGCGGUGGACGGGGGGACAGUGCCCGGGACCGCCGGGCUGGGCGGCGGAGUGCGAGCUGAAGGCUUCAGGAGUGAACCAGCUUCAAUACAUCCUCAGCUUGGGGGUCCAACGCGCAGGAUCCCCCCCCGCGCCUCCGCCCUUGCCGCCCUCCCCUCCCUCCCCGGCGCGGGUGGGAGCCGCUGACUCAUCUGCCAUCAUCACCAUCAUCACCAUCACCAUCCUCCCCGCAGGAGGAAGGGCAGUUGGAGGGGCUGCAUUGCAGAGCCGGCAGACAAAAGCGACGCUGCUCCGCCCGCGGCUCCCCGGCACAAAGAGCCCGGCCCGCUCCGAGCUCACCGCUCCCGGCACCGCCCGCAGCCUGAAAAUGCUGGACACCAUCAGCAGCCAGUACGACUCCUUCAUCUACUGGAGGAUGCCGAUCCCACGGCUGGACAUGGCCGAGCUGGAGGGGCUGGGGCUGGCAGACAUGGCCCUCUACAAGCCCAAAGGAGGGCUGGGCAAGCUCAGCGACCACCGAGGCAGCCAGGAGCUCUCCCAAGAAGAAGAAGAAGAAGUCAGUCUGCUGCAGUUCAACAGCUUUAAUUUCUGGCGAGCUCCCAUCGCCAGCAUCAGCUCCUUAGAUUUCGAUUUAAUUUGAAGCCCUCCCUGCUCCUCCUCAGCCCCCCCUGCUCUCUCUCUUCUCGCCAGGCAUGCCAGGAUUUGGUUUUGUUGUCGCUUUGGAGGUUGUUGGGUUGGGGUUUUUUUGGGUUUUUUUUUUGGUUUCUGGGCGGUUUUGCCGCUGUUCGUUCGCUCAGCAGCUCACCGCGGCUUUGAUGGUGAUGGGCUCCCCAAAAAUCUCCAAAUCCUCUCUCCCUUCUCCUCCUGGAAUCACGACGGUGCCGGUAACAACACGAGAGGAGGGGGCAGAAAAAGCCCCCCCAUUGCCCCCCUCCAUUCCCAGAGGGUUUGGGAGAAACUCGUUUGUGCAAACGAGGAGCAAUGGGAAUCGCCCUGGUUUUGCAGAAAGCGUCGACCCUCCGCGCUCCCCUGGCCCAAUUUCUCAAAAUUCUGCUUCGUCCCUCAACCUUCCCCUCGGGAAUGCAAGGUGGAAGAGGCAGGGAUGUGCCCAAGGUAGCAGCAGAAACCUUUUUCUUGAGAAAAAAAGAAUCAUUUUGAGCCUUGUGGUGUGAGCCCAAGCAGAAAAAAUUAUGUCCAGGAGGGUAAAUAGACACGGAGAUGUUCUGUCCUUGCUUAGUGGGGUCAAGGCUGGGUGUUUAGUGCCCCCAAAUUUGAUUUUUUUCAUCCUUUUUUUAUGCCCCACAUGGUUUAUUCCCAGUGCUGGGACAGAUGCUGGGUACAUUGUGGGGUCUGGAAGGGUGAUGGGGCAGAGCUGAAAGGUGGAUCUUACCCCCAGAUGAAAAUAUUUCAGGUUUUCCACCCACUUAACCCUUUAAAAAUAACAACAAAAAAAUGCUGCAUUCAUUCAAGUGGAAGCCUUGAGUUUUCUCUGGGGAGAUUCUCACCUGCUGAGGUUUAUUUCUGAGCAUCAUCUCAAAAUGAGGGGAAAAUCCCAACCUGGAAUAAUUUUUGGCUUUUAAACAGGUUGGGGUUUUUUUUUCCCCUUUCCAAUAUUGUUUUCUGGGAUUGAUUUGUCUUCUUGAAUGUGUUUUUUUUUGGGUUUGAUGGGGAUGAAGUGAUGUGGAGCAUCCCAAAACCAUCCUGAGAGUUGGGGGGCAUGAGGCUGGGGGCAGGCCGGGGCAGCACUUAAAAAGUGCCAGGAAUAGGCAAAAAAAAUUGCAAAAAUCUGCAUUCUACUAUGAAAAUUGGAUGCAGCUCUCCUGUAAUCUGCAGAAAUAAUCAAGUGUGCUUUUUUGAACCAUCUGUGUAAAACCAGAGAUGAAAAAUGUAAACUCUCCUCUGCAGAGCUGUUUUGACUUCUGUGUUCCCAGCUAGGAAAACCUGCAGAAGUAUUUAUUAUGAAACUUUAAAUAAAAUCAGUACAAAACAUA